AUGUCUCAUUCUGGGUAAAAUACAGCUAAGGAAUUACCAUUUACAAACAAAGAUUAUAUGAAUAAGUAUUUUAGGCAAACGCCCUAGACUUCAUUUGAGAGAUAGAUUUUAAGACAAGAGAUGAAUUUAGUCCUGAAUAAUAAUCUAGACAGCUAUCAGAAGUUCCAGCAAAUAAAAACUGAGAAUCUGAAUAAAAUCAAGAUCGUCAAUGUCAAUAAUAUCAAGCACAGCAUUGAAAAUGUGAUGAGGAAUUGGAACAAGCAUGAGAGUAUUAAAUUAAAAAAGUCUGAUGUUGUUAACUUGGAUGUGAAAGAGUUCCUUAGAGAUAAAUCAAAGACCAAGCAAAGAUAAGACGAUUAAGUCGAGCAAUAGAAUCUUGAGUAGCAAUCUCAUUAAUAAGCUACUGUAACUUCUAAAUUUAUGGCUAAAAGACAAUCUCUAGAAUCUUAAGAACUCAAUAAAGAAGAAAGAGAUGAGGAUGUACUUGAGGUGGAAAAACUAGAUAACUGGAAGAAACUAGAUACAACAGCUAAGGAAUCUAAGAGAUCUAUUCAGAAUCUUAAUAAAAAAUUCUUGAUAACUCUAAUGCAAAAAACAGACAAAGUACUCAAUAUAUAGCCUGAGCAGCUUGUUAAGUCUAAUCUAGCUAAUUCAAAUGAGAUAUUAAGAGCACCCUCUAGGUAGCUGCAAUCUAUUAUAAAGUAAAAGCAAUAAAAAGACAAUGGCUUCAACUAUCAAUCUAUCUAUGACGUGACAGAUGGCACUGAUAGAUUAAAAGAUAUCUUGCAGUUAAAGAAGGCUAGAGGAAAUAUGGAGAUCAUUUUGCAUUAAGCCUCAAAGAUAUAGCAGAAACUUACUUUGCAUAAUUAGCAGUAGCAGAAUUAAAUUGCUGAUGAUCAAUCUAGCAUAGUUGACGAGUAAAGUCCUUUCGGUAGAUAGGAUAGACAAGACUCAAAUUAAAUGGUCAGUUCCCCACCUCCAUAAAACUUUAGCUAAGCUAGCCAAUAGAAUCGAUUUGAAUCACUUAGACCUUAAUAAACACUUAAAAUUCCUGAGAGGUAGAGUAGUAUUGACCCUGGAAGCGCUUCUAAAAUUUCAGCUAGAUUGGCAAUGAAUAGACAGGGGACUAACGGGGGGCUUGUAUAGAGAGUUCAAUCAUAACCCAUUCUUAGGAAUGUAAAUAAAUAAAAUAAAGCAAAGUCAUAUAAAAGUUUAAGAUAAGGUAUUGACGAAGAGGAAGAAUCUCUUGAUGAAUACUAAGUAAUAAAAAAUCUCAAAAAUUAAAGAUAAACUUUUUCUCUUUUCAUUAAUGGAGAGCAAAUGGCUAAGUAAAUGAAAAGGCUGAAUGAAGAGAUUAAGAGAGCAGAAAAUGCCCACUUUCAGACUAUACCCUUACCAAAAGAUCUGUAUUUAGGCUUUAAAGAAAUUGCACUGAACUAUGAAAUAUCACUUGAACUAAAAUCUAAAUAGUUAUAAGAGUUUAAAGCUGAAAAGCUAAAAGAUUUUGAAGACAUUUAAAACAUCAAGAAAAGAUUGCAAUAUUAGAUUGACUCAUAUAAGAAUCUUAGAUAAUUGUUGAAAAAUGUACCUCAAACCCCAGUCAAGGAUAGUUCAUCAAUUCAACCUACUCCUGGUAGCGCUGUUCGAAAAAAAACUGCAAUAGACUUUUUAGGGUAAAAAAUAAAUUAAGACCUGUAAAAAUAUGCCAAGUAAAAAAGAGUUAUAUAAGAUUAGGAAGAGAAGAUCAAUGCAUAUGACUAGCUAAUUAAAAAUCUAAAUAUGGAGAUGAAAAUAUAGGUAGCAAAGGAAAAGAUACUUCUCAACGAGAUCUCUUAUUUAGAUAACGAGAUAAAUAUAAUAAUUUAAACUCAGAUGAAGCACUAUCAUGAAUUGCUUCAUACUGGGUUAGAUUACAGAUAAGAGGGGCUAAGUUGGAUUAUUAAAAGCAUUUGGUUGCUAGGUGAAAGCGUGAACCUGUAAAAAAUGCCCAAGUGGCUUGAUAACAAGGGUAUUGAGUUUCUACUUGAUUAUUCAAGGCUGUAGUUAGACAUGACUAAAAAGCUCAGUAUGGUUAGAUAAGAGCAAUAAGGCAAUAAAAACAAUCGAUAAUCAGGAAGUAUUCUUGAACAAGAUUAUUAGUUAUAGCCUAACUUGAUAGUAUCUUAAUUUGAUCUCAAUACAAAAACUCCAGCUACUGAGGAAAAGACUUCCAUUCAUUCGUUAAACAGACGAUAGCUUCUCUAAGAUUUCUAAGAUAAAUAAAAUGGGUUUAUUGAGAGAAUUAAAAAGAAGCUCAAAGUCCUCAGCAAUAAUCUAUAGAGAUAGUAAAUCACAGAAGGUCUGGAACUAGGUCAUAACUAUUUCUUUAUGAGUUUACUUGACAAUGACUUCAAUAAAUAGUUUAUUAAAGAUGAUUCUUUUAUAAGAUACUCAGAGCCUGAUUCAAUCAAUGACUCUCCAAUGAUCAAAAUGAAGAGGUAAAAUUAUGAGAACAAAUAUAAAUCCAUCUUAACACUUGAAUAAGAGAUUAAUUUCUUAAAGGAAUAAAUUAAGAAUCUAAGAGAGAAAGAGAUUUCUAGAAUAUUUAAGGAGUUCCUACAGUGCAACUAUGAGAAAACUAAUAAGGUCACUAUUGAAGUAGUUUUAUGUGCUCUAGUUGGAUACCAAAGAGCAUAGAAAGUUCUACAAAAGUUACGAGCCAAAUCGGACUAACUUAAGAAAAAUUUUGAGAUGACUAAGACAUUUUAGUUUGGAAGCAUGAGAUCUGGUCUUGGCAAUUUAUUACUCCUAGAUCCCUCUUUGAAAAUCUUAUGA